GCCACCAAUGAGCCUGCGACAUCCAACCAUGCCUCCUAAGAAGGUGUCCCGGCAGCUGAAGCCUCGCAGCUCGCGACUACGCUCGAAAAAUAUCAAUUUUGCCACCACUCCGCAUGAUAAAAUCAAGAAAUUUACAUCGAGUGGUAAAAAAACCUCUACCCUGCGUGGGAACCUCAAGAAUUCCAUUCCUAGAUCUUCCCCAAAAAAACCUGGUCUACAGAAAAAAAUCGUGGGGAACGUUACAAAAUCAGGAUCGAAGAAAGCGGAUGUCCGGAGCAGAGAAGUUUCUAUUUCGGUUACCCAUCGAAAGUUUUCUGAUGCGCAUAGAAAACGGCGAGCUGCGAAGAACAACAGAACCUGCAUCCAUACAACUGCUCAGGUUCUUAAGAACGACUCUAAUUCAAUGAAGCUCAAAGAUUCUUCAAUGAAGCUCAAAGAUUCUUCAAUGAAGUUCAAAAAAGAAGAGGAAGAAGAAACUUUCGGUGACGUAGAGUCCAUGUUGGAAGAGGGCGUACCAAAAGGAAACAAAAAAUUUAAAGGAGACAACAUGGCAACGUUCCCCAGAGAAGCCCUCACUCCCCCAGGCUCAUCCCCCGUGUAUCCCAGCACCUCGUUAAGCCCCUCAUCAUCCCCUACAUCCCCCACUGGUCCCCCCACCCCCGACUCGGUGCAUACAGCCCCCUCCGCCCUAUCCACCGCAUCCCCAAAAGUUGCGAACUCCGCCUUCUCUCCUCGCUCCGCCUGCGUCGACCCCUCGUCGUCUGCUGCAACUAAACUCGUCUGCCCCAGGCACUCCUGUGAUGAACCUCCCAAUGGCGACGAAGGCAGCGACGAGUGGGCGGACGUUGUUGCUCUAAAUUGCGGACAACCUGCAACAGCGGAGGGCCACGAUGGACUUGAAGAUGAUGAGGAAUGCGGUGAAGGAGGCCUAGCAUGCAGCGUCUGUCGUAGAUCUUUUCCAUCGCAACAAGAUUUCACCCGACACAUCAGAUCGCACAAUCGAGUCAUCGACCUAUCGGACGGCAGUCGCAUGUUCGAGUGUGGAAUUUGCGGCAAGCAAUUGAGCAGCAAUAGUUCCUUGGACAGACACUUGCUGGUUCAUUCCGGAGAACGGCCUUUCCGCUGCUAUAUUUGUGGUACCCACUUUACGACGAACGGAAACAUGCAUCGACAUAUCCGAGGUCAUUACCGUUCCGGAGGUGGAUCAGAUACGGGUGAUAGUGAUGGAGGCUCUGAUAACGGGACCAACUCGUGUCGGAAGAGACGAGUUGAGAUGAACGAAGGCCCACAAACUAAACUACCAAAGCUCUGUGAAUCCGAUAACGACGAUAUCGACGUGCCAGCAAGUCCCGGUCCGAGGGAGCUUGAGGUGGAUUUCAGGCGGAUUAGUCCUGAACAUCCAGUGGAGGAGAGACCUUGCGAAAUAUGUCAUGAACGUCUCUCGUCCGUGCAAGAGUGGAUUUUGCAUAUGAGGGAACACGCACCCCCGCCUUCCUCUUUCGCAUCUUUGCCAAAUCGCGACCCUCAUCCCGCUCUACCCUUCCAUUCAACAGCCCGAGAUUUUAGUUUAACCAACAUCCCUCCUCCGAGUCUCCUCCCUCACUCCGAUCUAAGUCACGAUGAACAAUUCGCCAGAGAUUAUAGAGACAUGAAACUCAACGGUCAGUAUCCUUGCCGUUUGUGCAAAGAAGUUUUUUCUAACCUCCGCAAGCUCAAGUCUCAUAAUUUGGUGCACAUGAACAACCCGCCUUACCGUUGCAAUUUGUGCAACUUUUUUUCAAACGAUAAGAAUGCUCUGAAAGAGCACAUGAAAGGCCACAAGGGAGAUACGCCGUACGAGUGUCGGCUCUGUGGCUUAGCCUUCACAACCAAAGCUAACUGUGAACGACACAUCAAGAAUAUUCACAGCAAGCAAACCAGGGAUGAAAUAAAAGAAUGUAUGUCGUACAACGCUCAAGAAGACAGCAUGGAGACGUUCGAACGUUCGGUGGAGGCCGUUUGCCAAAUUUGCAACAUCGACUGCAAAAGUCGCUCUGUGUUAAGAGACCAUGUGAGGUCAUCCCACCCUGACGGAAUCGAUAAGCCUUAUUCUUGCCGAAUUUGCCGCUGUUCUUUCGUGAAUCAAACCGAUGGCGUUCGUCAUGUCGUUCAAGCUCAUCCAGAAGCCGUGUCAUCUGGCACGCUCACCAGUUUCAUCGAGAGACGCGGUCUUAGCGAACGUUCCAAUGAUCUCUCUUCUGUGGAAUCUUUGUUAACCAUUUCCAAGAUACCCAUCUCACUUGCUCCCGCUCGUUUGCAACCUCAACCAGACCAUGUGACUAUUACACCAACGGUGUCACACCUACAAACUAUCCCUUCGGUUCUACCACCAACUAUGCCUAGCAUCGUCUCCUCAACUGAACCUCUCAUACCUCCUCUAAUAUCUCUUAGACAUCAGUUUGCUUCUGACCCUAUAAUAUCAGACGAUGCGCCUUUAGACUUGAGCAUGAACAAAAAGGUCCCUAGCACCCGACCAGAAAAUGAAAUUCUUUCUUCAUCUUCUCUACCAUCAGAAGACAGGGCGGACAAUACGGAUGAUGCAGAUUCAAAUCAUUGUGAAUACAAAUCUCAUUCUACAGCGGAUAUCCUCAAAGUCCCUAAGCAUCCUUUGCAAUCAAUUAUGUCUGGAAAUCUUCCCAUGGUUUUACAGCAAUAUCCAUUUUGCAUGCCACAAUUUAAUGAAAUUUCUCCUGUUGCCUCUAAUCUGGGAAGGUCGCUGUUGCAACUUCAUGAAAGUAUAAGACACGGGAACCUCCAACUACCUUCUGGUCCAAGUCUGAUGUCUCCUGCUAACGGAAGCUUUCUAUCCAAUCCUUCUUGGCUACAAGUGAUUGCCGCUCAAGCUGCUCGACAGCAAGAAGUGCACCGUACUCCCGUCUUGGAAAAAACGCCCUCCUCUGAGAAUGAGGCGAGAGCUGAAAAAGAGCGGGUGGGACUAAGCACCGAUGAUGAUGAAGUGCAGCACUUCACCAUGAGGAACUCCGUAUUGGUUAAAAAACCCAAGCAACGACGCUACAGAACCGAGAGACCAUGGCGCUGCGAUUUAUGCGAUAAAGGUUUCACCCUGCGAUCCAACAUGGAACGGCACAUGAAACAACAGCAUCCUGGUAACUGGCCACAGAAGUCCAGAAAUUCUGUAUAUGGAGUAUCGCGCGAGGAUGGAAAUUCAAAUCCGUACGAUAUGAGCUCGAGUCACCAAACUGAAAUUGGCAGCGAAGAUGAUUCAAUCAUCUUGGAUGUCGACUCGAAACCCAACCGGGGCGAGGAAGAAGAAAGCAACUUAAUAAUAGACGACGAUGUUGACAAUGACUGCGAUGAAGACGAAGAAGAUGAAGACGAGGAAGACGAAAAUGAAAAUUUAACUCAACAAGGACCAUCCCGAGACGAAUCUACAGCAGAUCUCGCCAGCGUUACGACACUUCUCUCUAAAGCCAACACGCAGAACUUUACGUUCCUACGAGAUGAGGAAAGGGAAGAAGAAGAGCCACAAACAGGCGAUGAAGAUGACGACAGCAGCGGCAUUGCUAGUCCUGACUGCAAGAAAAGCAGCGCAUAUUCCUCUGCGCCUCAGAAACAAAAGUGUCCGUAUUGCGAUAGAAAGUUUCCAUGGUCUAGCUCUCUGGUGCGCCACAUCCGAACGCACACGGGACAAAAACCUUACCUCUGCGACGUCUGCAAUUAUCCUUUCACGACCAAAUCCAACUGUGACCGUCAUUUGCUGCGUAAACACCCAGAUUCCGUGCAAGCUCACACAGGUUACCGUCCGUACCGAUGCGCUAGAUGCCCCAACACGGCUUUCUCAAGCAACGAGUCGCUCAGGAAGCAUGAGAUGAUUAAGCACAAUCGUUCACCUCCCAAAGACGGCUAUGCCAAGUACGACGACGCCCCGCUCUUACUGCCAUCAGAUUCCUCUUCUUCUCGGGAGUCUGUGUCUCCUGCUAGAGAUAGCAUCUCUGCGUAUACAUUCCAGUGUUUCGUCUGCGGCGAAGCACUACCCGCCAGCCGACAUGAUGCCAUCUCCCAUGUCUCCGAGAGACACCCUGAAAUUUUCCGCGAUGUCGUCAUCCCUGAUAUCAGUUCCCUGAUGCAACGAGACGAUGCUGCUUCACUGUCCACCCACGCAGAUACCCUGAACUGCCUGCUGUGUCUGCGACGACUACACACCCUGGACGAGCUCAAAACACACGUCACCCUCGAACACUCCCGCACACACUCCACUCCCCCCACCACACCCACAGCCUCAUCCACACUCUGUACAACCACAGCCAUCGUAACGCAAUCCAUUCCCCUGUGCAGCUCAAACCUUAUCCUCACCUCGAACUUAACCUUAUCCAACUCUACCGUCACCAUGACACCCACGAACAUUUCUAUCAACCACUCAACACCUGUAACUCUAACGCCCGAUAUAUCUCCGAACAUAACACUUGUCCCAACGUCUCAUCUAACACCGAGAUCCCCAGUCGACGUUGCUCAAAGUUCCCCGGUGGCCGACGUAACGCUAACGCCCAUCGCGUUGAACACUCAUCGAGAGGAUGGAAUGUCCUCCGCGGGGGAUGGAAAUGCUAAUGAAAGUCGGGAAAUUCGCGCCACCAUCACGGCCGCGCCCGUCGGGACCGCCGACGUCCGGACCACGGCCGACGUCUCCAGUUUACUGGACGUCCGUUGAGGCACGUGUUGAGGCACGUGUUAAGGCACGUCCGUUGAGGCACGUGUUGAGUGAUUCUCACGAUUUAUUUCAUGUCUGUUAAGAAGAUUUUUUUUUCUGGGCGAAGAAUUUUUAAUCCAUUAGAGACUAUUUUCUGGCCAUGACGUAAUUGUGAGAUGCGUGUAAUGUCCAUCGCUACGAGACUAUCGUGUUAGCCUGACUUAUCGAUACCAUCAUCGUUGAUAUCGUUGUUGAUAUCAUCAUUGCUCGACCAGAGUCACUCAGUAGACUCGCUGCCGAUAGACUGACAUUGCCUCGUGUUUUUGUCUCGACUGAACUCAUUCCUAUCAUAGUUCAUACCUCACUAAAUUCCAACCUCUUAGCAAUUGCUUGUCAUGUGCAGAAACAAUUGCCCCUCACGGCGCCCAGUUUUUUAUGUAUUACAAUUGUAAUUUAAGUUAAUUUUUAGGCAGUUUAUUCUGCCGACGUGAGCCUCUUGCGCAACGCACCCAAAACCAGCACCAAAAAGAGAUUUAAUUUUUCUAGUUAUCUUCUUAUUAUGUAAUUAUAAUGA